AUGCUCAGUGCAAGGACAGUCCUGGUGCUCGUGAUGCUCCUCACCCUCUCCUCACGCUGCGACGCAGGCCCUUACGCACCGUCCGAGUGCUGCUUCCGUUACGUAAAAGCCCCUCUCCGGCUGUCCAACCUGAAGGGUUUCUACAUGACUCCCAAGGACUGUUUUUCCCCAGCAAUUGUGUUUGAGACCAGGAACGGGACCAAGGUCUGCGCAAACCCAGAGAUGACCUGGGUGGAGAAAACAGUGGAGAGGCUUCAAAGAAAGAAAGGACUUCGUGCCCCGUGA